UUACAUUUUUUUGAGUUUGAAUUAUUAGAUAUUAAAAUUGCAAGUAAUUUUUUUUAUACAAUUACACACCAUGGAUACAAUGUACUCAAAUAUAGACUUGGCUUUAUUUUCAACUAAACAAAGUAAAAGCAUUGAGAAUAAAUGCACUACAAAAAUGAUUCUAUCAAAUAUUACAGAUGAAACAAUUUCUAGUUUCAAUAAACAUACAUUGAAAAAUAAACCAAGUAUACAGUUUGAAAACACUAAUAACAAUUUUUGCAGUGUUAUCAAUUCUCCUGUGGUUGUAAAUCCAUCUUGUGUUUGUAAAAAUAACACAAUUAAAAUUAAAAGUAGUUUAAACAUCGACGAUUAUACAACAGAUAAUCAAAUUGUUAGUAGUAAAUGCAUUGAAAUUGAUAAAGUUUUUAUGAAAACAGACUACAGUAAAAAUGUUCACAUAAAAACAACAAAUGAAAAGCAAAAAAACAUAUCUUUUUCAAAUGAAAAGCUUUGGGAAAUUAACAGGGUUAAUCAAAUCUUACAUAACAAAAUAACUAAUGGAGUGAAACCUACUUAUACGAGGAUAAAACCUUCUACAUCAUUCGUCAAAGCCACAUCAACAAUAAAUCGAGAGCGGAAAAACAAAGCCAUUGUUAAGGAGAAUGAAAUUCUAGCCAAGAAAUUGAGGAAUGUUAGAUCAACCAUCUUUAAGUAAAUUGAAGUUUUUAGUCAAAUGAGUACCUGAUUAUAAUUUUGUGCACAAGAGUAA